GGCCGUCUCCUUAACACAGAACACCAUGCCUUCAAUUAAGUUGCAGAGUUCUGGUGAAGAGAUAUUUGAAGUUGAUGUGGAAAUUGUCAAACAAUCUGUGACUAUCAAGACCAUGUUGGAAGAUUUGGGAAUGAAUGAUAAAGGAGAUCAUGACCCAGUUCCUCUACCAAAUGUUAAUGCAGCAAUAUUAAAAAAGGUCAUUCAGUGGUGCACCCACCACGAGGAUGACCCUCCUCCUCCCAAAGUUGAUGAAAACAAAGAAAAGCAAACAGACAAUAUCCCUGUUUGGUACCGAGAAUUCCCGAAAGUUGACCAAGGAACACUUUUUGAACUCAUUCUGGCUGCAAACUACUUAGACAUCAAAGGUUUGCUUGAUGUUACAUGCAAGACUGUUGCCAAUAUGGUCAAGAGGAAAACUCCUGAGGAGAUUCACAAGAUCUUCAAUUUAAAAAAUGACUUUACUGAAGAGCGGGAAGCCCAGGUACGCCAAGAGAACCAGCGGUGUGAAGAGAAGUGAAAUGUUAUGCCUGACACUGUAACACUGUAAGGAUUGUUCCAAAUACUAGUUGCACUGCUCUGUUUACAGUUGUUAAUAUUA